UUCUAUGGAUUCCUCAUUUCUAAGGUUGUUUUUUAUUUUGGUUGUUGCUGAAGAAGAGAUAAUUCAUAAUCUUCUUCUGCAACACUAUUUCACAAUUUUUCCAAGGAAUUUCAAUGUGAAAGUGCAAUUCUUUGAUCCAGGAAGACCUCGGGUUUGUUAUAUAUUUUUGUGGUUCUGGGAUCUGAUUCAAAGGCCAAUUUGUCACAAUGGGUGGUUGUGUAUCAACUCAUGGCACAAAAGUUGAUUCCAGAAGGAGGCAUGGUGUCAGACCAAAGCUCAAAAAGCGUCGUGGGAGGAUUUCUUCCACUGCUAACACACCUAGGAAAUCAAUCAGUAAUGUGGGAAAUUUGGGAGAUUUCACAAAUUGUGAUGUUGUACAUGUAGAUUUUCAGACUGGAGCAAGAAAAUCUGAGGUUUCCAAUUUGACAUUUCAUCUCACACAGUUACAGUGGCACCAUGGUCAGAUUGAUGGAGAAGUUUGUCAAGAUGAAGCUUGGUUUGAUUCUACCAGUAUUCUUGAUUCUGACUCUGAUGAGGACUUUAUCAGCGUUCAUGGAGAUUGUUUUCCAUCUGUAGGCAAUUGUAUCGGUAACAUCUCCAGUAGUCAAGUUUGUCCUUAUGAGACUCAACGCAUUUUGGAUACAAGACGCACGUACGGGGAAUACUACGAAAGUCAUUACCUGAAAAUUGAUGGAAGUAAAACUGAGAAGUUCACUAAAGAUGGUUUGUCCGAAACUGAUGGAUUUGUUGUAACUACAAAAGGGUAUGAGUUUUCUUGCUUAGCAAAAGCUGAGGAUGUUUGCGGGAAAGAGGAUAAACGUGAUUCUGUAGAUAAAAAUCAAGAAAAUGCACCUAAAACUCUUCUACGUAGAUUAAUUCCUUCGGUAAGUUUUAAUGACAAAAAUCUACAUCAUCCAAACACAACUCCACUAUCUCAAAAGAUGAAGUCAGCCGUUCUUAGACUCUCUUUUAAGAGGAAAUCCUGCUCUGAACCAGAUGAAAAUGCUAAUGGUGCAGAAAAGAGAUUCUUAUAUCGACCUCGAGCAGGACAUACCAUUCCUUAUUCCAAAAUAGAAAAUCCCUUGGAAGGAUCUUGGUCUCCUCUUGCACCUUCAAUUUUUAAACUUCGUGGUACUAACUAUUUUAAAGACAAGAAAAAAUCAUUUGCCCCAGAUUAUAGCCCUUACAUCCCUAUUGGAGUUGACCUCUUUGUGUGCCCUCGAAAAGUACAUCACAUUGCUCAACAUCUUGAGCUUCCUUAUGUAAAUACACACGAUAAAGUACCCUCACUCCUAAUUGUUAAUAUACAGCUUCCUACUUAUGCUGCGGCUAUGUUCCUCGGAGAUAGCGAUGGUGAAGGAAUGAGUCUCGUUCUAUAUUUCAAAGUUUCUGAAAAUUUUGACGAAGAGAUUUCUCCUCAUUUUAAGGACUGCAUCAUGAAAUUAGUUGAGGAUGAAAUGGAGAAGGUGAAAGGGUUUACGAAGGAAUGUAUUGUUUCUUAUAGGGAGAGGCUAAAAAUAAUGGCUAGUGUGGUCAAUCCAGAUGAGCUUAACUUAAAUUCUACGGAAAGGAAACUUGUACAUGCUUACAAUGAAAAACCAGUGUUGUCGCGCCCUCAACAUAAUUUUUAUAGGGGUUCAAAUUAUUUUGAAAUUGACUUGGACAUACACCGUUUUAGCUAUAUCUCGAGAAAAGGACUUGAUUCUUUUCGUGAUCGUCUUAAAAACGGCAUACUUGAUCUUGGUUUAACUAUUCAGGCACAAAAUCCAGAAGAACUGCCAGAGAAAGUCUUGUGUUGUGUGAGAUUGAGCAAAAUAGAUUUUGUAAAUCACGGACAAAUACCAACGAUUAUGACUCUCAAUGAUGAUUAACUUUACCCUUUCAAGGUUUUGGGUGAAUCUUUUAAUAGGCGAACAACAAAAAAGAUUAUUAAAUCUACUUGAAUGACGAAAAAAAAAGCCUAAUGGGAAACUAAAUGAAGAUUAUCAACCAAUUUAUAUGAUGUUUCAUGUUCUUGAAUUUGUAUGUUCUGUAAUCUUUCAUUGUUCACAUUCUAUAAGAUUAACAUAUUUGUGCAUAUAAAUUUUUUUCUUACACUUUUGUACCCAUAACUUCAAUAAUAUCAAUGUUAUUAAUA